UCCAUCAUAGAACACUGUAUAGGCGGAACCUUCGGACCUGGAACAGUUCCACCCGGGCCGCAUUAGGGUGUCGGUUUCCUCCUCAGACCAGACACGGACCAGUGUUGUUAAAUUGGAGAAAAACUAAAUCUGGAGACUUUUCAAAUCGUCUUGGAGACUUUUUUUCUUUUUCGUAAGAGACUAGUGACAAAUGUGUGUCCUUUUUCUGCUUCUGCUGCAGACUUUGAUGGGAUUUGGAGACUGGGACGUGAAAGCACGGAUCGUCCUGCACAAGAGAAGCCAAAGGUAGAUUUGAAGUGAAACCUAAAAGUUGUGUCUGGACAAAGAUCACCUGAUUCCAGCAAACAUGGAUGGAAGACCCACCUGUGACCAGUGUGGUCAGACUUUCACCAGAGCAGAUAGUCUAAAAAUGCACCAACGCAUCCACACUGGAGAAAGACCAUAUGAAUGUGACCAGUGCGGAAAGACUUUCAUCACAACAGGUUCCCUAAAAAUGCACCAACGCAUCCACACUGGAGAAAGACCACAUGAAUGUGACCAGUGUGGAAAUGCUUUCACCUCAACAAGUAACCUAAAAAAACACCAACGCACCCACACUGGAGAAAAACCAUAUGAAUGUGAUCAGUGUGGAAAUGCUUUCACCACAGCAAGUUACUUAAAAAUACACCAACGCACCCACACUGGAGAAAAACCAUAUGAAUGUGAUCAGUGUGGAAAUGCUUUCACCAAACUAAGUCAGCUAAAAACCCACCAACGCACCCACACUGGAGAAAAACCAUAUGAAUGUGACCAGUGUGGAAAGACUUUCACCACAGCAGGUUCCCUAAAAAAACACCAACUCAUCCACACUGGAGAAAGACCAUAUGAAUGUGACCAGUGUGGAAAUGCUUUCACCAAAGCAAGUAACCUAAAAAUGCACCAACGCACCCACACUGGAGAAAGACCAUAUGAAUGUGAUCAGUGUGGAAAUGCUUUCACCUCAGCAAGUUACCUAAAAAUACACCAACGCACCCACACUGGAGAUAAACCGUACGAGUGUGACCAGUGUGGAAAGACUUUCACCAGGGGAGAUAGCCUAAAAUUGCACCAACGCAUCCACACUGGAGAAAAACCAUGUAAGUGUGACCAGUGUGGAAAGGCUUUCACCACAGCAAGUGAACUAAAAAUGCACCAACGCAUCCACACUGGAGAAAGACCACAUGAGUGUGACCAGUGUGGAAAUGCUUUCACCCAAAUGAGUGGGCUUAAAUGUCACCAGCUCAUCCACACUGGAGAAAAACCAUAUGCCUGUGACCAGUGCGGAAAGAAAUUCAGCCUAAUGCAUGCGCUUCAACGUCACCAACGCCUUCACACUGGAGAAAGACCAUACAACUGUGACCAGUGUGGGAACUUUUACAUCACAGCUAAUCAACUAAAAAUCCACCAACGGACCCACACUGGAGAGAGACCCUACCAAUGCAGAUUCUGUGACAGAUCUUUUCUCACAGGUUCAAAAUGUACUAAACAUGAACGUGUCAAACAUUUCCACAAAAGACAAAAACUGAACAGUCGUACAAAAAGUAAGACAAUGGACUCUAGUGGAAAGAGUCAGUGUCAUAACACACCUAAACAGUUUGAAUGUUUCCAAUGUGAUGAAAGAUUCUUGUCAUCCUCUGCCCUCUAUCAUCAGCGCAGAUGUGAAUCAACGUCUGGACCAAAAUGUCCCUCAGCAUCAGAUGACAAGAAGAAACACAGUGUGUGUGAACCAGCAGCACCCACUUCUGACAAGAACAUCAGACUUAAAAACCUCCAGAUCAGACUUCACAGAAUCCAGAUGUGAAGACAAUCAUCAGACUGAAGGCUGUGUUUUGUUGUCCUCAGAGUACAGAAGUGUGUUCUAAUGCACCACCUUCACAAAACAGUGACGUUACUGAACCUCAACCUGCCACGAGGUGAAAAGUUCAACUAGUGGAGGUCAACAAGGACCUGGUUUCUAUGGCGAUACUACUUCUCAUUGACUCUGUGGAUUUUUUAAUCAGUAACUUGUUGUGAUUCUGUUGCUGGUUGGGGUUCACACAGUUGGAUUUCCAUCAGUUAGAAACAACAUGAUGAACAUAAUAUAACUGAGACAGAAUGACUGAUGAGCUGGUAGUGGUUUAGUCCCAAACUGAGGCCGACAACAUGAAGGAGAUCACAUUCCAUUGGAGGAGGAAGUCUGUUUAGCAGAAAGUUCACGAUCACCAAAGGAGACAUCACAAUGAGUCAGUCCUCCAUCUAGUGGUCCAGUCUGGUACUGGUCUGGUCCAGUGUUUACCUGAACAUCAAACUGGAUUCAACAUUUUUCCGCUGGUCUAACCCUGACCUGCAGAAUGUGUUUGAUUUGAUUGUAAAAUGUGUUGAACUGCUGAUGACUGUGGUAAAGAAGAACCACUGGAUGAAUCAGAAAGUUCAGGACAUCAGUGGAACUGGAACAAACAUUUAGUCAUGUUCUGUUGUUCAAUGUUCUACUUAAUCACCUUGUUUUAUUCUAAUUCUAAAGUGGACCUGAAACAUGAGACAAAAGUAUUUACCAUAA